UUUUUACUCGUGUAGGUUUCAUUGAAUUGGCUGAUGUAAGGUUUCAUGUUACCUGAAUGAUGAUGUAUUGUGUUCCAUGUUAUAUGUUUUCUCAACGCAUCUUAUCAAGAUUUUUUAAUUUCAGAUAUUAAUGAAUGCCUUCAACCGAACAAAUGUAGAGAAGUCUGCCAUAAUACCAAAGGAAGCUUCAGCUGUACCGAAUGUCCUCUCAAGACUGAGUAUGAUCCAUUAAAGAUGCAGUGUACUAAGAUAAACCAGCAACGUCUACUCUUAGGUACAAUUAUUGGGUUGUCUUGUGGUUUUGGCGUUCUACUUCUGAGCUUCAGUGCAGCACUUCUCAUUCGUAGAUGGAAAAAAAAUGUUCAAAAGCAAGUACGGAAGAAUUAUUUCCGGAAGAAUCAAGGUCUUCUCCUAGAAACGUUGGUAUCAUCUGAUGAAACUGCAAAUGAGUAUACAAAGAUUUUCUCGCUAGAAGAGCUGGAGAAGGCAACAAACAAUUUUGAUGCUACACGAAUCAUUGGUCGUGGGGGCCAUGGCAUGGUUUACAAAGGCCUAUUAUCUGAUCAACGUGUCGUUGCCAUAAAAAAGUCUAAGAUCAUUGAGAAGUGGGAGAUCAGUCAAUUAAUCAAUGAGGUUGCAGUCCUCUCUCAGAUAAAUCACAGAAAUAUUGUGAAGCUCUUUGGAUGUUGUCUCGAAACUGAGGUUCCAUUGCUGGUGUAUGACUAUGUAUCCAGUGGCUCACUAUCUCAAGUUCUUCAUGCUGAUUCAACUGAUGGUUUUCCUUUGUCUUGGGGUGAUUACUUAAGGAUUGCCCUGGAAACAGCAGGAGCUCUGUCUUAUCUCCACUCUUCAGCUUCAAUAUCAAUCUUCCAUCGUGACGUGAAGUCCUCAAAUAUACUCUUGGAUAGGAACUACAUAACUAAAGUCUCAGAUUUUGGUGCAUCCAGACUGGUUCCGAUUGAUCAAACACACAUUGUCACGAAUGUGCAAGGUACAUUUGGAUAUUUAGAUCCAGAGUAUUUCCAUACCAGGCAGCUGAACGGGAAGAGCGAUGUGUAUAGUUUUGGUGUGGUACUAGUGGAGUUGCUUCUCCGAAAGAAGCCUGUUUUUACAAGUGAAUCAGGCACCAUCAUGGGCUUGUCAAGCUAUUUUCUCCAGGAGUUCAGUGAGGGGAGAAUCAUGGGUAUUGUUAGUUCCCAGGUCCUGGAGGAGGCAACUGAGGAAGAGAUCAAUGAUGUCGCCUCUCUUGCAGAGCGGUGCUUAAGACUGCAUGGUGAAGAAAGGCCCACCAUGAAA